GGCGUGUUUACAUUUGUACACACUUUAUAUCUUUCACAUUUUACAAAUUGUGAACUGUUCAUUUCCUAUUUUUAAUAUCUCAUAAAAUAAAACCAAUAAUUAAUUUCUAUAGCAACAAAUUCGAGAUGGAAGAGCUCCUUGCCAGGGUAGCCUAUUUGGAAAACAUCGUUUCGAAAUUGGCGAAAUGGACACAUUUUUCUGAAAUUGUCCACUUUGAUUUUCCCUUGGAAGAAGAUCCCCUUUCUCUCGACGUACAAUGUGACACAAUUACUCCGCAAUCUUCCAAAUCUCGGCGACGAAACCGGACAUCUUUUCCACUCCAACAAGGAACAAAUCCUGUUCAAAAUUCUUCUCCAUCCUGCUCGCCAAACGCUAUACUUGUCAAAACCGAAGAGGUCGAGAUCUACCAAGAAAUUCAGGACGACAAUGACACAGAUUUCGUCAUAUUUCCUCAAGACGAACCGGAAACCGGUAGAAACGAGGACACAAUCGGCUCCCACAAUUCGAAAGAACUCAAUUCAGCCAAUCCUGAAUCACUGGAUGAAAGCAAAAAACCUUUCAUCCUCCGAGGCAGCUACUUUGACAUUAUUGAAAGUAAGGGUGUCAGUGUGACGGUAAAAUGCAAAGCUUGCGGAAAAGUUGUCAGGGGGCAGUUAACCUCAACCGGGAACUUUUUACGUCAUCUAAAGGAGGAACACGAAGAUUUAAUCGGAAUGUAUAAAAAUGACUUGCAAAAUGAUCAACAACAGCGGCGACAAGGAAGAAAAAGAAAUAUUCCAAAAAGUUGUAGCAAACUUUUAGCCUAAGAAGGGCAUAUACAUAUGUACAUAUCUGACACAGUUUCCUAACUUCAAGAGCCGUCUUUCAUGAAUUACUAAAUUAAUUUUUCAUCUACUUCCCUUCAUGUAACGUAUAUAAAAGUAAACGUUGUCUCCAGUACCGGGUAAAAGGUAUGCAUAUAGAUACAUAUUUACUGCAAAUUGUUAUCUACGAUUUGCCUUAAUUAUUUUAAAUUUAUUAGUAGCGCUAUGGUUAAAAAUAUUGUGCAAAAUUUAAUUCAACUCUAUCUGAAGAGUAGUGUCACUACUAUUUUGUAUUAUUGUUUAUGGAUAUAAAUGCUAUGACCUUUCCAAAAUAUGUGCUUUCAUAAGAUAGUUACCAGUCUAACAUUUACAAAUAUGUAGAAGAUGAAGAUAUCCUAUAUAGAUAUAUACGUACGUAUGUAUGUAUUUGCACAUCAAUUUAUACUGUAAUGCAUAUUAUGUCAGUAAAUUAUAAAUAAGUACAAACCGUAUAUUUGUGUCAUCCCAGCCAACAAUUCGGCCAAAAUUCUUUGAAAGAGGUCUGUACGAACAGGUCGAAAUCACCACGAGCUCGAAAGCUGCCAGAAUUCUUGAAGAAUUCGAUACGAUUUCACUGCGAAUUCGCACAGAAAAAUCUUCAACGAAUGUAGGCCGAAAGGUGACCGAAAUUCGUUCCGAUUUCUUUGUGGUUUCACUCCGAAUUCUUAAAGGAAAAUCUUGAUCGAAUUUAGACAGAAAGAUAGCCCGAAUUCGUCACGAUUUCUUGGAGAUUUCGGUAAUCUCAAUUAGAGUGUACGAAUUUUUAAGGAAUUCUAGCUAAGGCCGCAGUCUGUUCUUCGAGGUGGCCAUGAGGCUACGCAAUUUAUUACUGCUCUACAUCAGACAGAAACAGGAUUUUACAAAACAACUAUAAUUUGGAAAUUUAUCUGAAUAAUAAAUCCUCUCUCCAAAUUCGGACCUGAUCACCAUUGUCUAUGGAGGAGUGAGAGGAUAAGAGGAAGUCGAUGUAAUUUGCAAGAUGCCGAAAAAAUUGCUGACUGACGAUUUAUUGCCCAAAUAUAGUCUAAAAGGAAUGAAGAAAAAGCUUUCGCUUUCUACGCCGGCGGAUAUCAAAGAUGUCCUUUACAGUAAGUAGGAAUAAGGGGUGCAGCAAAUCUGAUGAGCCCUUUGCUACCUGACCUUGCAAAAUUUGAGGACGGAAUCUCGAAGGAGUUGACCAAGGCCCGUGAUCGUAUGUAUAAACGCAACAAGAAACAGCCAGUCAGCAACAACUUGCCCUCUCCAUCAUCACAGAAUUAAUUUACAAAUAAUUAGCUUAUUUUUUGUUAUGGCCAUCUAAGCAAUAAAAUAAUUCAAAAGAA